AAUGAUCUAUGAAACACACCCAGUACCCGAAACCUGUACAGUAUAUAAAGGGCCUCUGUGAUGAUCAGCAUCAAGACAGGCUAGUCCACAGUAUUUACCUAGAGUGUACAUCAUGAUGAAGCGGCUCCUUUCUUUGGCUUUGAUUGUGGCUCUCUCCAGCACAGCUGGAGCACUUGUGUGUCAGAAUUGCACAGAUGACUAUUGUACAAGCCCAGUGCCACGAACAUGUGACACAGAGACAAUGUGUAUAACUGCUGCCAUUACAGCGGUUUCAUCUGGAACUCCUGGAACCAAAAUCUUCAAAGCAUGUGCAUCGUCCUCCCUGUGUCCAGUCACAGGCUCCCAGACAUUUUCUGUUAACUUGGGUGUUUCAAGUGCACUUGCAUCUGCUACGUGCUGCGACUCAGAUAACUGCAACUCAGCCACUCUAUCUUUCCCCACUUCUCCAUCACCCAACAGCUUACUGUGUUAUGUAUGUUACCCUGCCACCUCUCUAUGCACCACUUCAAUCACAUGUAAUGGAACAGAGGAUCGCUGCUUUCAAGCAAGCUUGUCAGAUGGUGCCACAACUUCUCGUGCCUUUGGUUGUGCAUCUACAAACAUGUGUGCAGCAUCUGCCAGCCUAGGGACGCUACCUUUUAUGAAGGAUGUUGGCAGUAUAACCAGUGGAUCUGCCUGUUGUGCAACAAAUCUAUGUAACACUCUCACAGCAACAACUGCUGCUCCAACCACAAAUACUACCGUUCCAACCACAACUAAUACUUCUCCAACCACUACUACUGCCCCAACAACUACUACAACAACCACUACAACUGCCUCAAUUACAACAACUACUGCCCCGACAACUGCUAUGACAACUGCAACAACUACUGAUCCAACAACCACAACUGCUGCGGGAACUGCAACAACUAUUGACCCAACAACUGCUGCAGUAUCAACUACUGCCCCCACAACCACAACCUCUGCUGCGGCAACAGCAACAAACUACUGCCCGACAACUGCUAUGACAACCGCAACAACUACUGCCCCAACAACCACAACUGCUGCGGGAACUGCAACAACUACUGCCCCAACAAUCACAACAACUGCUGUGGCACCUGCAACAACUGGUUUGACAACUGCAACAACUACUGCCCCGCCCACAACUGCUGCGACAACUGCAACAACUAUUGCCCCAACAACUGCUGCGACAACUGCAACAACUAUUGCCCCAACAACUGCUUUGGCAACUGCAAACAACUACUGCCCCAACAACUACAACGGCUACUGCCCCAAUAACCAUUAACAAC